AUGGAUUUUUAUAGGUUCUAUUUUUUGCAUGCAUGCGAACCAAAACAAGAAAUCCAAAAUUUUGCGUGCAGACAAUCCGGUAAAAGGGGAAGAUUUCCGCAUCUGCAGGACCUGCCCGAAAGUCUCGUCACAUUUUUGAUAAAUUUCGUUCUUGAUGGUGUUGGCCUAUACGCAGAAGAACUGCUGAUGAGUGCUAGCGAAUGCGCGCGGCAAUCAAAUAGAUUUUGGCUGGGCCUAGGGAACGACGAUGAGGCGAGGACGAAGAUGUUUGACAGGUUGUCGGAGGCGAGGAUGAAGCUUUGUGGAUUAGCACGAGUGGCUAUAGGAAGAGCUUUAGGUGACCUGCGCGCCUACCAUUUCGAUGCUGAAAAGGAGAUGCUGUCGCCACCCUCGAAAAAACGUUUUUGCCCCGCUACAACGCAAGAUUCUUUGGCGCACGAGCACACGAAUGAGCCAGAGCAUGAGCAAGACGAAGACAUCGAAAGUCUGAAGUCUGAAGUCGAUAUGAAUAAUGGAUUCAAUGUCAAAUCUUGA